CCUGGAGGUCCCGGGAAGCGCAGGGCCUGGCGCUGGACAAGGCCUCGCGCCCUCGGAAGGCCGCGCCUUGGUGCCCCUGCGGGGUCCUCCGCCGGGUUCGGCCGAUGAAGCCCGUGGCCCACUUGGGCGCCCUGUACCUGGCGCUGUGCUGCCUGGGCGGCGCGCGCGGGCUCUGGAGGAGUGACAGCCAUGAGUGGCAUAAACUAAUUAUGGUUCACCACUGGCCUGCGACAGUGUGCAAGGAAGUUAAGAACCACUGCAAAGACCCCCCAGAUUACUGGACCAUACACGGAUUAUGGCCUGAUAAAGGUGAAGGAUGUAACCGAUCCUGGCAUUUUAAUCCAGAAGAGAUAAAGGACCUUUUGCCAGACAUGAGGAUAUACUGGCCUGAUCUGCUGCAUCCGUCUCCUAACCGCAGCCUCCAUUUGUGGAAGCAUGAGUGGGAGAAGCAUGGGACCUGUGCCGCGCAGCUGGAAGCCCUCGAUUCCCAGAAGAAAUACUUCGGCAAAAGUCUGCAUCUGUCCAAGGAGCUUGCCCUGAACAGCACGCUCCAAAAAUUGGGGAUAACACCAUCUACUUACUACCAGAUUUCAGAUAUUAAAGAUGCCCUUGUCAGUGUGUACGGCGUCGUGCCCAAAGUCCAGUGUCUUCCAAAACAGGGCGACGAGGAGGUGCAGCUCCUUGCGCAGAUUGAGGUGUGCUUCUCCAAGGACCUGCAGCUGCAAAACUGCAUGGAACCCGGGGAGCCGGCGCCCCGAGGGCCGGAAGCGAGGCUGGCGGGGAGCCUGGGGCUGGAGAUCUGCAAGGACGGCAUCCUCUUUUACCCCGCACUCAACAAGACCAAUCACUGA